AUAGAAACAUUAUUCCUAACAAUAAGGAAAAUACUGUAGCUUAGCCAGUGGUGGCAGUCGGAAGCCUUCACUUUCGUUCCAAUGACAACACAAAAAAAAGACAGCAGUUGACGACCAUGGCCCUUCCGCAACCGACGGUAAUCCCUGUGCAGCAGGAUUCCUCCUGUCUGGAUAAUGAAUGGUCUCUGCUCGAGCUCAACGGCGAACUGAUAAUGCCAGUAGAUCUUCCCAAUGAAAAGAAGCCGCUAACAACGGUUUUCGGACCGGAUCAAAUCGAACUUGGAUCUCUUUGCUUUCAAGAUGACAAGCCAGUCCUCAUUUUGGGCACCCAUGAGCUAGUGGGGCGAAUGGAGACUCUGAAGCAGCCCUUUUGUGUAUUUGAAAAGGUUUAUGGAGAUGAAGGAGAUAAUCCACAGUUGGAGUACAAGGUGGCAGGGAUCAUCAAGCACAAAAUGCUGUUCAAUAACUACCCAAAAACAAUCAUGAAGUCAUAACGGCACCGGACUUGGAUGGAUGGAUUUAUGAAUGGAAUACUACGGGUAGGCUUGGCCAAUUGUGAGGUGAUGGAUGAUGCAGAUGAUAGAUGAAAGCUGAUACAAUACAAGGACUCACUGUGGAACAAUUUACUUUGCAUCAUUAUGUGGUACAUUUGGCGUCAUCGACCAUCCUAUCAGAUGCUCAAUUACCUACUGUAUAGCACCAUCAUUGUUUUGGAUUGCUGAGGUGUUGCAAAAUGCUUUCACCACGGCAUGGCUGCAAUUCUAGAAAGCCGAAAAAGCGCAAAUUGGUUUUCGAGAAUGGGUGACGGGGCAGCAGCAAUUGAACACAGCUGAGUAACAUCUAUAGAGGUGCAAAGAAACGAGCAGAAUGAUUCUGAUUCGUCUAUAGCUUUUCUUCGCAUCCCCAUUCUCGUCGCAAUCUUCAAUG